CAAGUUGUAAACAUGGACAACACAUGGCUGUUGAUAGUUGUCACCGUUUUAAUUUUCAUCGUCUCUUUGAUAUACAUCGCACUGAAAAGGCCUGCUUCUUCUACUUUAUCUCCAAAGAAAGCCUCUGUGCUGGUUAUUGUUGGUUCUGGAGGUCACACUAAGGAAAUUCUGACACUGAUGAGUGGUUUGGGCGAGCAUUAUACUCCCAGGUACUAUGUAAUGGCUACCACUGACAACAUGAGUGAGGGAAAGGUUCAUGACUUUGAAACCAAAAAGAGCCAGGGCAAUUCAAAAAAUUAUGAAAUCCACAAGAUUCCACGUAGUCGGGAAGUAAAACAGUCGUGGAUAACAACUGUUCUAUCCACAUUAGGUGCCACUCUGGUCUCCUUUCCACUGGUGUUUAAACUCAAUCCAAACAUUAUUCUCUGUAAUGGUCCAGGGACCUGUAUACCAAUCUGUAUAGCUGGAUUUUUCCUUAAGGUUCUAAGCCUUGGAAAGACACAGAUUAUAUAUGUAGAAAGUGUAUGUCGUGUCCAGACCCUGUCAAUGUCUGCCAGACUCCUGUACUAUAUAGCAGAUGACAUGUUUGUUCAGUGGGAGGGCCUACGGAAACGUUACCCGAGAUGUAAAUACAUCGGUCGCCUUGUGUAGUAUUUUGCUAAUGUGUAAGUUGUUUUUGACUUGGUGCUAAUUAGAAGGAGAAAAUGGACAUACAAAUGUACACAUACAUUUUUUGAAAUUGACUUCAUUUAUGUCAAUGACGAAUAUACAUUGUAUAUCAAAUGUUUUUUUAUGAUAAUAAAUAUUUAUGUCAAUGAUUCUG